GAACAUGUGGCGUCUCUAUCACUAGUAUAAAUUCAGUGUGUACCCACUUCCAUGCUCUCUACUCCUUCCAUAAAAAAAAUUCCACAUCUUUCCACAUUUUAAUUAAUACAGAGAAGGUACAUUAGGUCAAAAAUGGCGGACGGAAGAGGUGGUGAUUGCAAUAGUGAUACAGCAGUUAGGCCGAUUCGGAAAGUGCUUCUCAUUUCCGCUGGAGCUAGUCACUCCGUUGCUCUUCUCUCUGGAAAUGUUGUUUGCUCAUGGGGAAGAGGAGAGGAUGGUCAGCUUGGCCUUGGGGAUGCUGAAGAUCGAUUUUCUCCAACUCAGGUGAGUGCAUUGGAUGGGCAGGAAAUAGUAUCUCUCACUUGCGGAGCUGAUCAUACAACUGCUUACUCGGAGGCCUUAAAGCAAGUCUAUAGCUGGGGAUGCACUUCAUGGUAUACGCAUUAAGCAGAUUGCAUGUGGAGAUAGCCAUUGUCUUGCUGUUACCAUGGGAGGCGAAGUGCAGAGUUGGGGGCGAAAUCAAAAUGGCCAACUAGGCCUUGGAACCACGGAGGACUCUCUUGUGCCUCGAAAAAUUGAAGCUUUCAAGGGAAUACCCGUAAAGAUGGUUGCUGCCGGUGCUGAACAUACAGCUGCUGUUACAGAAGAUGGUGAACUCUAUGGUUGGGGUUGGGGUCGAUAUGGUAAUCUGGGCUUAGGUGACCGAAAUGAUCGCUUGGUUCCAGAAAAAGUUUCAGCCGAUGUGGGAGAAAAGAUGUUCAUUGUUGCAUGUGGUUGGCGUCAUACUAUCUGUGUAUCCUCUUCUGGUGCUUUAUAUACGUAUGGUUGGAGCAAAUAUGGUCAACUAGGACAUGGUGAUUUUGAGGAUCACCUCUCUCCUCAUAAGGUUCAAGCUUUGCAUGGAAGUUUUACUUCUCAGAUAUCAGGUGGUUGGAGACAUACCAUGGCACUUACUUCAGAUGGAAAACUCUAUGGUUGGGGUUGGAACAAGUUCGGACAAGUUGGUGUUGAUGACAAUUGUGAUCAUUGUUCACCUGUUCAAGUAAAAUUUCCACAUGAUCAGAAAGUAAUUCUGAUUUCAUGCGGUUGGAGGCACACACUUGCUGCUACAGAAAGGCAGAAUGUCUUUUCCUGGGGAAGAGGUACAAAUGGUCAGCUAGGUCAUGGGGAGUCCGUUGAUAGGUCUGUCCCAAGGAUUAUAGAAGUGUUAAGUGUUGAUGGAUCAAGUGGACAACAAAUCAGAUCUUCGACGGUUGACCCAUCAGCAGCUGAAAAAUCUUGGGUUUCACCUACGGAGAGAUAUGCUGUUGUUCCAGAUGAAAACCUGCCAAGACAAUCAGUUAUUCCCGAAAGAGGAACUGGAAACGAUGUAAAUGUGCCGGAAAAUGAUGUGAAAAGGAUCCGAUUAUGAGAUUUCUAGCAGUGGAUGGUGGACUGAUAUCUUCUAUUAAAACAAUAGUUGAUAUCUCUUAUCUAAAGUUGCAAAUCUUACAUUUUAUUUUUGGGUUUCAUAACACUUAUCACGAGCAUGGCUUAGCUUUACGUUGUUGUCGUGUAAGGAGUGGUUUUGUUUCACUUAAACUUCUAAAGUUAGAAGGAGAAUUACUAUUUAGACGUAUCUCCGAUCGUAACUGAUGGUCAAGUGCUUACAUGAAGUCGCAGUAAAUGUAGUUCUAAUCACCAAGGUGGGUAGUUUUUGAAGCUUAAUAAAUUUUGAUAUUAACAAGGAA